AUGUUCGACGCAGCACUGAAGCACAAAUUCCGUAUGCUGUCCAAUCCAACGUCGCCCAGAAACUACAAACUGGUGUACAAACUGUCGUCAAAUGGGCUGACAAAGGAACAGAUGCAGGUAUUACGGCACGAAGCUUUAUUCAACACGGCUGACGCCAAACCUGUUAACAUGAUUGCAGCAGUGGAAUCAAUCCUUAGUCAGACGGAGGCAACGGAGGAGAAUAAGAGCCUCAUCCGACACCCAGUGUCGUCCCUGCUAAUGGCCCACAAGCCACGGGUAGUGCUUUCCAAGGUCCAACGUAGUGCGCUUAGCGAACUGAAUGCCGACAAAGAACUGGUCAUCGUGCUAUCGGACAAGGGGCGCUCCACGACUGUACUGGACAGAUCAGACUACCUUCAAAGAGCCAAAGGUUUACUGGAAGACCGCCAGUUCUAUGUCCCAUCCCCAAAGAACCUUGUAAAAGCGCUGACACGCGAAAUAAAUGUUACGAUAUUGGCCUUGGUGAGCUCAGGUGCAUUAACGCCGACCAACAGACGCAUGACGAGACCCCAUGAUACGGCUUUGGCCCGAUUCCAUGGGCUCCCUAAGGAACACAAAGACGGCGCUCCUCUACGACCCAUCGUGUCGCUCAAAGGUACUCAAAACUACGGACUGGCCAAGUGGCUGUUCCGGGGUCUCAAGUUCCUGACCGCUGAGUCAGAUCACCCGGUCUCUUCACCAGCACAUUCCUGGAGAACCUCAAAGGAGGAAGCCUCCAUCCAAAUGAAAUCAUGGUAUCUUUUGAUGUUCCAUUUCGUUUUACUUCUAUUCCUCAGGACCUGGCGAUCGAGACAAUCGAGUUGCUUCUACGAUGAAACGGAGAAUCGUCUUGGGCACGCCUAA